AUGCACGUACCGCGCUUCGCUCGCGUGUUCGUCCUCGCACUCACACUCGUCACCGUCCCCUCCCUCUACUUCUUCUAUCCGGGCCCCGCAAACCCCGACCACAUCCAAAGCUCCCUCGACAAGGGCGGCAUCGACUCGGACCACAUUCGCGAGCCCGUCGUCCCCCACCUGGCGUACCCGGACCACAACAACCAGAACGCCCAGGACGGCCAUGACCACCAGCAGAACCACCAGCAGGUCCAGCAGGGCAACGGCCGUCCAGUGUUCGAGGACGAGGCCGCUCGCGAUGACGAAGAGAUCGAAAGCGGAGCCAACGAUGACCAUGUCGAUGUCGAUGAUGCCGAGGACGACGACUAUGCCGAUGUGGCCGGCCCCGCUGCAGUGACGGAGACUCUGGCAGACAACGCUAUCGGAAAAGUCAUCAUGCCAAAGCUGGGCAACGCAACUGCCAAGGCCGAACUUGGACGCGCGACGUGGAGGUUCUUGCAUACCAUGACUCUUCGUUUCCCCGAUAAACCCACCCCAGACGAGCGCGAGACCCUCCGUUCAUUCUUCUACCUCUUCUCCCAGCUGUACCCUUGCGGCGAGUGUGCCGCGCACUUUCAAAAGAUGCUGGAGAAAUACCCCCCGCAGACGUCGUCGCGCAAGACGGCGUCCCUCUGGCUGUGCUCCUUGCACAACAUUGUCAAUGCGCGCCUGGAAAAGCCCGAGUUUGACUGCCUGACGCUCGACUCGACGUAUGACUGUGGCUGCGGUAACGAGACGAGCUCGGCGCUGCCCGAGGCAACGGGCAGCCCAUGA